AUGGAUAUAAAACCAUUCCAGGAGAUCUCUCAAUCAGGUAAUUAGAUAAAUUUGUUUUUGACUUUGUCUUUAGAUGAAAUUUUAAUUGUCAAUUAAAUCUGUUGCUUUUAUUAUAGUUAAAAUAUAUUCUGGCUAAAUUUGUUGUAGAUAAUUUAGCCGUGGUGUGGUUAAACUCGGACAAAGUCAAAGAACCUCCACAAAGUUGGAUAACAGUUUGGAAUGGAGCUAGAGAGCGGUAUUGUACAGAUGGAGCUGCCAAUAGUCUCGUGGCCUUGUGCCAGACUAACGUAACCAAGUUUCCUACUGUAAUUUCUGGGGAUUUCGACUCAAUUACACAAAGCACUUUACAGUAUUUUAAAGGUAACAUUUGAAAAUUUUAUUAUGGCUGUAGUAGUUGUUCAACUGUUUGAUUUGGUGUUUGCUGUGUUUUAUAUUUCAUUUAUACUGUUUCAGAUAAAGCUGAUAUAAAACACACUCCUGAUCAAGACUAUACAGAUCUCAGUAAAUCACUUUCCCUUAUUACUACAUCCCCAAACUAUGUAAACAAAGAGGUAAGCUAAAAAGUCACAAUACCUUCAUUCAGCUAAAACAACAUCGUUUUAAUCCCUGAUAUCUCUUGUAAAUUUUAUUUAUUAAAACUUUUUUAAAUAAUUAGAUUCCCACUACUUUAAGCUUCAUUUUCAGAUCAAAACCGUCCUUAUUCUCGGCGGACAAAGUGGUCGAUUCGACCAUACCUUAUCUGCCAUCAACUCAAUCCUUUGUUUCCAACGCCAAACCGACUGUAAAACCUCGAUUUACUCAGUAGAUUCCACAAAUCUCACUACCAUUGUUCCUUCUAAAUUUAGAAUAACUGUAGAUCGCAAAAGAAUUACCGGAAAAUGCGGGAUUGUUCCAUUUUGUCAAGCAGAAACACGAAUUACAACAUCUGGAUUCAAAUGGAAUGUGAACAACGAAGUGAUGGCAUUUGGUGGACUGAUAAGCACGUCGAAUGAACUUGUUGAAGAUGUCGUUACUGUUGAUACCUCCGCUCCUGUCAUAUUGACAAUCGAGCUGAAAUCUGGGGAUACUUUUGUUUGA